AUGUCGGCGCCGCUGUCCCCUCGAGGGGAGAACCCGCCGCAUCUUCGCCUCAACUCUGGAUCGCACGACAUAAUCACAGACGACAACUCGCCGCCGCAAGCACGACCGAGCACAGCACGAUCAACUUCGGCGCGAUCACUAACUACCUCCAUCCGCCCUGGCACCGCUCCGAGCCCCGGACCCAACAUCUACUCCAAUGUCGGCCUGGCAGAAUCCGGAGACCUGCUGCUCCCACCGCGCAAGUCCAAGAUGAAGGCAUUCCGAGACGAAUCACCGUUGCGCUCCCCCUCUGCUAUAUCCUCACGGCGAACAAGUUGGGAGUCGGACAUGUCAUCGAGAGGUCCGUUUGCCUCGCCUUUCGACGACUCCAGGGCGCCCUCGCGUGCAGGCAGCGAAGAGGACUUGAACACACAGACGGUGUCGGAGAAAUUCAACAUUCACCCGUCUGCAGGGUUACUGCUGUUUCCAGAAGAUGUUGAGGCCGAUGACGCCCUGCAUAACCCUGAACCGGGCGAGAAAGACAAGCGUGACUGCGACAUCUUCACCAAAAGAGGAAUGGUCAACUUGGGUGGUCUUGGGAUCAUGGUGAUUGGCCUGCUCCUCUUGUUCAUUGGAUACCCUAUCCUUACUUUCGUCGACAAGUUAACGGAGAAGAAAGUUGGACCUUGCACAAACAAUCCGCUCUGUAUCGAGGGCAAAGAGCACGAGCCGCUUCUGACCAACCUGCGCAAGGGCCUGAUCGAUCCCGACACACCAGACUCUGCUAUGUCACGCAAGUCGUAUGAUGGCUCCACACAAAACCUGGUUUUCUCCGACGAAUUCAACACUGAUGGCCGUACUUUCUACGAUGGCGACGAUCCAUUCUUCCAGGCCGUUGACAUUUGGUACGGUGCUACGCAGGAUUUGGAGUGGUAUGAUCCUGAUGCGGUAUCCACCGAAAACGGUACGCUCAACUUGAAAUUUGACCUAUUCAAGAACCACGGUCUCAACUACCGAUCGGGUAUGAUCCAGUCCUGGAACAAGUUGUGCUACAAGGGCGGCCAUUUGGAGGCUAGUAUCUCGUUACCCGGUAAGGGUGACGUUAGUGGAUUCUGGCCUGGUUUCUGGACCAUGGGCAACCUGGCUCGUCCGGGCUACCUUGGUUCGACCGAAGGCUUGUGGCCGUACAGUUACCACGAUGAGUGCGACGUGGGAAUUACGCCGAAUCAGAGUUCGUACGAUGGUCUCAGUUUUCUCCCUGGUAUGAGGCUUCCUGCCUGCACUUGCCCAGGCGAGGACCACCCCAGCCCCGGCAAAUCUCGCAGCGCUCCUGAAAUCGAUGCCUUGGAAGGCUCCGUCCAUUUCCUUGGGCCUGGUGAAAGCAACGCUGUGGGAGUGGUAUCCCAGUCUUUUCAGGCCGCGCCCUUCGACACCUGGUACAUGCCGGAUUAUGAACAACUGGAGAUCUACGAUACCUCAAUCACCAUGAUGAACGCGUACAAGGGUGGACCCUUCCAGCAGGCUAUCUCUGGUCUGACCAACCUGAAUAAUGAUUGGUAUGAUGGCAAGCAGUACCAGAAGUAUGCCUUUGAGUACAAGACUGGCGGCGAUGGUUUCAUCACCUGGUACGUUGGUGACGACAAAACUUGGACCAUGAAGGCUCCGGCUACGCGCCCCACUGGCAAUAUUGGAACUCGAACCAUCCCGGAAGAGCCUCUAGCCAUCAUUGCCAACUUCGGCAUGUCCAACAGUUUCGCAGCCAUCGACUUUGCACAGAUUGCUGCUAUGUUGCCCGCCACGAUGCGUAUCGACUACAUUCGCAUCUACCAACCUGAGGGUAGCGAGAGCAUAACCUGCGAUCCAGAUGGCUACCCCACAACACAAUACAUCAAGAACCAUCCGGAUGCUUACCAGAAUCCCAACCACACAGAAUGGAAAUCGACAGGGUUCCCUUGGCCGAAGAACUCAUUCAUGCACGAUUGCGACAAAUAG